UCAGAAACGACGUAAUUACCAAUCUCUAACGACCAAUCACCGAGAGGCUUUCGAUACAACCAAAGUCCUUUAACAUGGCGGUUAAGCACGGCGUCGACGGCGACGGCAGCGAAAUCGAAUCGAGAACUCUGGCGGUAGAUCGAAAAAGCGGUUUCUGCGAAUCAACAUCGAUAUUCUACAGCAAACGUGAGCCAAUGGCUCUCCCGCCAAACCAAUUUCUCGACGUCACGUCUUUCAUUGCAUCACAGCCUCAUCGCGGCAAAACCGUAUUCGUCGACGCCGUAACCGGUCGUCGACUAAGCUUCCCUGAGCUCUGGCUCGGUGUCGAAAGAGUCGCGGGUUGUCUUUACGCAUUAGGUGUACGCAAAGGAAAUGUCGUCAUUAUACUCUCUCCAAACUCAAUCCUCUUCCCGAUCGUCUCCCUCUCCGUAAUGUCACUCGGCGCAAUCAUAACCACCGCUAAUCCGAUCAACACGUCCGACGAAAUCUCCAAACAGAUAGGCGAUUCGCGUCCUGUUCUCGCCUUCACCACAUGCAAACUCGUCUCCAAACUCGCCGCCGCGUCGAAUUUUAAUCUCCCGGUGGUUCUCAUGGACGACUACCACGUUCCUUCGCAAAGUUACGGUGACCGCGUGAAACUAGUCGGGAGGUUAGAGACGAUGAUUGAAACAGAACCGAGUGAGUCACGAGUUAAGCAACGAGUCAACCAGGACGACACGGCGGCUCUGUUAUACUCAUCAGGUACGACGGGGACGAGUAAAGGAGUAAUGCUGAGUCACCGUAACCUAAUCGCAUUGGUACAAGCAUACCGGGCCCGGUUCGGUUUAGAGCAGCGAACCAUUUGCACAAUCCCAAUGUGUCACAUCUUCGGAUUCGGUGGUUUCGCGACGGGGCUAAUCGCGUUAGGAUGGACAAUCGUUGUUCUUCCUAAAUUCGACAUGGCUAAGCUUCUCUCGGCGGUGGAGACUCAUCGUUCUUCGUACCUUUCUCUUGUACCGCCGAUUGUAGUAGCUAUGGUUAACGGAGCAAAUGAGAUUAAUUCCAAGUAUGAUCUGAGCUCGUUGCACACUGUGGUGGCUGGAGGAGCUCCGUUGAGUAGAGAGGUGACGGAGAAGUUCGUUGAGAAUUAUCCCAAGGUUAAGAUCCUACAAGGGUAUGGUUUGACUGAGUCAACGGCUAUAGCUGCUUCUAUGUUUAAUAAAGAGGAGACUAAGAGGUAUGGAGCUUCUGGCUUACUGGCUCCGAAUGUGGAAGGUAAGAUUGUGGAUCCGGAUACGGGUCGGGUUUUGGGUGUGAAUCAAACGGGUGAGCUGUGGAUUCGAAGUCCUACUGUGAUGAAAGGUUAUUUCAAGAAUAAAGAAGCUACUGCUUCUACCAUUGAUUCAGAAGGAUGGUUGAAAACUGGAGAUUUGUGUUACAUUGACGGUGAUGGGUUUGUCUUUGUUGUUGAUAGAUUAAAGGAGCUCAUCAAAUGCAAUGGUUAUCAGGUUGCUCCAGCUGAACUAGAGGCAUUGUUGCUUGCUCAUCCAGAGAUUGCUGAUGCAGCAGUAAUACCCAUCCCUGACAUGAAAGCUGGGCAAUAUCCAAUGGCAUAUAUCGUAAGAAAAGUUGGAAGUAACUUAUCCGAGAGCGAAAUCAUGGGAUUUGUCGCAAAACAGGUAUCACCGUACAAGAAGAUUCGCAAAGUCACAUUUUUGGCUUCAAUCCCCAAAAAUCCUUCGGGCAAGAUUUUAAGAAGAGAACUUACAAAGCUCACAACUUCAAAACUCUAGCAGGAGGCUCUGUCACCAUCCUUAUCUCGCACUUCACGGUAUGUUAACCCGUUUGUUUGGUUUAAAUGUUAAGUUACUUCUUCCACAUAUAUCUCUGUCAAAAAUGAAUAAUGAUAUACAAACUGAAGGUUUAUAGAGAAUCUCU